AUGGACCAUUCUCCGGGAGGAGAUGGUAGCACGAACGCAACUCCAACUGAAGAGGUACGAGAAGCACAACAUCAAGAGGAUCUUGAUGAUGUUGUCGUUGAAGUUUCUCCUGGAGAGACUAUGCCGAGGAAUUCAUGGAGUGUAGCAGAGGAUAACGCACUUGUUUCGGCUUACAUCAACGCCGGGGGAAAUGUUACAAAAAAUACAAAAAGGACUAAGGCUGGAUUUUGGGCUGCAGCUUGUAAAUUGUACGAACAAGCACGACUUGCAAAUCCUGAUGAGCUCCAGAAGACGAGGAAUACUAAGUCCUUACAACAACGUUGGGAUCACAUCAAUUCGAAUGUGAACAAGUGGGUAGAGGUAUACAGUUACGAGAUACGACAUCCGAAGAGUGGACAAUCAGAUGCAGAUGUUGAAAAACGUGCACACAAUGCUUUUGCAAUGGCGAACAAAGGUAAACAUUUCCAUUUACAACAUUGUUUUGAAGUUAUGCAAACUUUUCCAAAAUGGGAUCCAAAUGAGGUCAUGCAAUUACCUGCUGAAAGCGGAGGAAGUGCAAAACGAUCUGAACCAGAAUCACCAACUGUUGUAGGUGGAAAACCACGAACUCGGCCAGAUGGCAUAAAAAAGACAAAGAGACUAGCAACGGAAUCUGGUUCUUCGUCUUCAUCUAUAAACCUUGAUUCGUUUAAUACAACUCUUGCAGAAUGUAGUGACAAGAGGUAUGACCAAGGAGAACGAAUGAUGGCCUUAAUACGAGAGCGAGAUGAAGAAAGGAAAAGGCAAAAGGAAGAGGAGAUGAAGUUCAAAAUGUUAAAUAUGUUGAUGAUGAAACCUAACCUUGAUGAAUUUGAGGUAGAAAUGUACAAGAAGCUUAGAGAGGAAUUUAGUAAUAGGUUCUUAUGA